AUGAAUAAAUUGAAAUUAUACAGAUCCCGCGAAUAUAAGACGCAUGCAUCGGCCACAGACCCUAUUAGCGGCACUGCACUUCCACUUCUCAGAGUUGUCAAUGGUUUUGUUCAUGGGGUGGUAAAAAUAGGAUCCAGUAGGCCUGAUAAAGGGGUUGCAAAGAUGGUUACUUCAACCGUUGGAGGAGUCCAAACGGUUCUUCAAGGUGUAACAGAGGGGCUUACCAAUGUUCCUAAGCUUUAUGGGAGUGAAGUUCGCGAAACUAAACCAGUGACUGGAUUCGCCUCUGGUAUCGUGGAGGGUGGUAAGGGCUUCGCCUAUGGACUUUAUGAUGGAAUUACUGGUUUAGUAAAUGAACCGGUGAGGGGUUUCAAGGAAAAGGGUGCUUUGGGUGCUGCCAUCGGAGUUGGCACUGGGGUACUAAGCUUCUACAUGAAACCUGCUGCUGGGUUUCUCCAAUUUUUUUCCAUGCCGAUGGAAGGCGGGGUCAAAGAUAUCCGCACUCUGUUCACCAAAGGUAUAAGCCAGGAAAGAAUAGCGACAAGACGUGCCGAAGGCGUUCUUGUUGUAAAACAAUCGAGUCAAGAAGAGCAAGAUUCGAUUAUCCGAGCGUUCGCUGAACACAAGGACAAAACACUGCGCGAUAGGAAAGGAAAAGGAAGGUUACAGUAA